CGCGCUCUGAGCGCCCUUACUUUCGAAUCGGGUGGCGGGAGCUGUGGGUUAGUGCUGGCUCUGGUCGCGCACUCGUUAUGGCGCGGCAGCUGUCCCGGGAGCAGGGCGUCACCCUGCGAGAGAGUGCGGAGAUCGUGGCCGAGUUCUUCUCGUUUGGCAUCAACAGCAUUCUCUACCAGCGUGGCAUCUACCCCUCGGAAACCUUCACUCGAGUGCAGAAGUACGGGCUCACCCUGCUGGUGACCACCGACCCGGAGCUCAUCAAGUACCUCAGCAGUGUGGUGGAGCAGCUCAAAGGAGCUUACAUCUCCGCUCUCGGCAGCUUCCCAGUGCAGAACACCUCGCUUCUGUAGUCCUGUGCCAGACAGCACAGCCCCCAAGCUUUCUCCCCGCCUAAUCCCAGGCUCCUUACUGACUCUUUCAAGGCUGCCUCUGUCUCGGGAGGCAAGGAUGUGAAGAGUGCAGUGAGGGGCUGGGGUGAUGCAGACAGUGCAGAGAGGAGCUCCUCCCAGCAGUCCAUGUUGCCUGCAGCGUUUGGGGCAAUUCUGGCUUUGAGAACCACGUGAACGGCCAGCACACUUGAAGAAGGAACUCAUUAAUUAAAAUCAACCAGAAUAAAGAGAAAUUCAAAAUAGAGCACAAAUAGCUACCAAUCACCCCCAGCUUAUUAAACAUGGAGUAGAUAACCAUACUGAAGGUGGCAAGGAAGCAAGAUCUUACCUAAGUGACUUCGGAAAAGAGUAUUUUUUUCUAUGUAUCCUAAAGCUAGAGACAAAAACCCAUCUCUAUAUAUUGUUCCACAGUUAGUAAAUCUGUUUUCAUAGGGUUAGAGUUCAGGAAUUCUGGAGGUACGUAAUAUGUUUUGUAGGAUUAAGCAAAAUAUCAUAGAUAAUGCUGGCCAGGUGUCACUCUGAGAGGAACUGAAGGGGUGGGCCAGGAGAAAGCCCCUGUGAUGAUAGCAACUGGAGUGUGAGUCCUGGUUCU